UCCUAUUGGUUAACGGAGUUCUCGUGCGCGUGACAGGAUCAAAGGUCAAACUUGAGCCUUGCAAAAUAUUAGUGUCAAGCGGCUUCGGUUCAUAAUACAUGCGUACACCAAAAGCAAUAUGGCGGACGAAAAUUCAAGAAGCUUACUGGUUGUGAUAUUUGAUGCAAAUCCCGUUGCCUGGGGUGGAAUUGCAGUUGAGGGCAAUGAAACUCAGAUUUCACUGACACGAUGCCUUGAAAGUUUGAUGGUGCUCUGUAACUCCUAUCUACUUUUGAAACACAACAACUUACUGGCCUUUGUGGCAGCUAGUACGAAUGGAAGUAAGUUUUUAUACCCCAAAGCUUCCUGUGAAGGCAUCCAGUCUCUCCCAUCCCAAGACAGCAAAUAUGAGAAGUUUGCAGAAUUCAAUGACACAGUGUUAAGAGAGAUCAAGGAGCUUGUUGGGACUGCCCAAAGUACAGGCAAGAGACAUACCUCUAAGAUGCCACACACUACUGUAUUUUAUAAUAGCAGAGGUGAGCUUGUGUCCGACCUUCCUGGUGCCCUAUGCAAGGCCCUUUGCUAUAUCCAUAGAAUGGAAAAGGAAUACUCUGUUGGAGCAAAACUUCAGCCUAGAAUAUUGAUUAUCAAAGCUAGCCCAGAUGAUGCAUCUCACUACAUGCCUGUUAUGAAUAGUAUAUUUGCAGCACAGAAAAGUAAUACAUGCAUAGAUGCGUGUGUGUUGUAUGAGCAUUCUGGUUAUCUACAACAGGCAACUGAUAUUACUGGGGGUGUAUACUUGAAAAUACCAGAGACUCAAGCUUUGCUACAAUACCUAAUGUGGUUGUACUUGCCAGAUUUCUCCACAAGGGCCAUGAUGGUACUCCCAUCAUCAACACAAAUUGACUACAGGGCUGCUUGCUUUUGUCACAAGAAGCUUGUAGAUGUUGGAUUUGUUUGCUCUGUUUGUUUAUCAAUUUAUUGUAACCCUAUUCCAAUCUGCCGCACAUGUCAAACCAGAUUCAAGCUCCCAACAAGGCCAAAGAAGAAGAAGAAAUAGUGGUCAAAUUGCAUUUAUUUAUUUAUUGUCAAUAUUAUUUUCCAAGGCGUUUGUACAAAAAUUGUAUUUAGAGGAAAAUAUGUGAAGAAUAAAAGAUAAAUGUUUGCAAAA